CAUGAUGAAAGUGUUGAGUUUGUGGUGAUUAUAAUAAAUGGGAACUAAUUGGUCGACAAAUGGAUGAUAAUUCAGAGAAAAAGUUCAACGAGUGCUCCACCCGUGCGGUGGCCAAAGGGUUGGCCGUGUUUUGCAUCGGAUUUUCGGUCACUUAUUUGAUCCAAAAGUCAAGAAAUAUGGCCAAAAGCCGGCCAUUUGUGUUGCCGUCAGUGAUGGGGUGUAUCGUUGGCUUUGAAGCCCUCCGACACUCGAUGAGUAAAUGCCGGCAAAUAUCUCGUCAAUAAUAGUAAUGCAAAUUAGUUGUCAAUUAAUUAAUUAGUUUUUUUUAUAUAUUUAUUUAAAUGUACGUAAAAUUCGUGUUCAAUAUUGAGAUUAAAACCAAAAUAUGUGAUGUAA